UGUAACGUUUGUUUGUUAUUUUAAGGUUAUGUUUUCCACAAGAAGAAAGAAGAAAAAUGUCUUGAAAAAAAUGUGUUCUUUGAUGACGUUCAAGUGAUUUUCCAUGACGUUAAAAAUUUGUUGCUUAAUUUUAAAAAAUUUUUAUUUUAAAAGAAAAUCUCUUCGGAUGUGAAGAUCGUCGUAAUACAACGAGGUGCCUGUCUCAAUACCGAAAUAGUAUUAAAUAAAAGUGUCUUCUAAAGUUAUUAUCAACUAAUACAUCGAAUGAAUUAUUUUUCUCAUACUUGACAUAUUAUCUUAAUUAAUAAGAUAAAGAUAAGAGUUUUCUAGAGGUUAUAUUUUGCAAUUUUAAAACUUCAAACAUAAGAAAGAACAGCUCUACUCCCAUAUGCUCAUUUUCUAUUAAAACAUUAACUAAUUUAAAAAAAAAACGAACUAAAAACGGCAGUACAAGAGCAAAAGAUUCAUCAGCAAGGUCAUUUGACCUAUUUAGACCCACUGUUGAUGAAUGACAAAACACAGAACAUGUUGAGCCAAAAAUUAAGUAACAGAAGGUUGUUAGUUGAUCUACUUGCACUGAUGUUUGGUCUUGGUGCAUGGAUUGGUGUGAAUGGUAUAUAUGUUCAACUACCACUUCUUGUAAACAAUGCUCCGGAAGGAUGGAGUCUUCCAGCUCAUAUGGUUAUGCUAGUACAAUUUGCCAACUUGGGACCAAUACUAUAUACAUUAUAUAUAAAAUAUAGUAAAUGGGCAUGUGAUAAAUACAUUACCUAUGUCCUCCUAGCAGCAGGAGCACUAUCUACUAUUAUAUUAGCUUUUGUAUAUAAUAAAACAACGAUAAUAUUUGGCAAUGAGCAUUCCACUGCUUUGUUGUCAUUGAUGUUUGUAACUGCAAUUGUUGGAUGUACCAGUUCAGUUCUUUUCAUGCCAUAUAUGAGGAACUAUAGAGAAAUUUAUUUAGUAUCCUAUCUUGUAGGAGAAGGACUUAGCGGAUUUGUGCCAAGUGUAGUGGCAUUAAUCCAAGGUGUUGGUGGAAACCCAGAAUGUUUGAAUAGUACUAAAGCUGAGUCUACUCAUGUAGAACUCACACCUUAUUAUCCAGAACCUCGAUUUUCAAGUCAGACUUUCUUUAUUUUUAUUGGUACUUUGUUGUUUUUGUGUUACUUGGCUUUCUUGGGGCUGAACAAUUUGUCUAUUGCCAUUGGAGAACGUGUAAAACAUCCAGCAAGCAUGGAAACAUUGCCAACAGAUACAAGAGCACCUCCUAGUUAUAAAACCAAUUCUGGUUGGACAAUGUCUAAGCAAGUGUAUUCAUAUUUAUUAAUUAUGAUGGCAGUGGUUUGUUUCUUAGGUAAUGGUACAUUACCAAGUAUUCAAUCAUAUUCCUGUUUACCAUAUGGAAAUGUUGCGUAUCAUUUAACUGUUACAUUGUCAUCAAUGGCUGGUCCAUUGGCAAUGUGCCUAGGUUUUGUUAUUAAAAUACCAAAAGUGAGUUUCCUGUCUGGCCUGAUGGUUAUUCUUAUAGCACUUUCUGGUUUUGUUUGCUUCUUAGCUAUCGAAUCUCCUACGCCACCUUUGCAAUAUAGUUGGGUGGGUGAAUUUCUAGUAGUCCUAUCUUGGAUAUUAAUUAGUGGUUUAAUAGGAUUUAUAAAAUUGGGUAUCACAACAUUAUUUAGACCUGAUCCUGGUAGGGGUCUAUAUUACACUGGUGUUGCAACUCAAGUUGGAUCAUUAGUAGGAGCAAUAAUAACAUUUGUUUUAGUUAAUCAUGCAAAACUAUUCCAUUCUUAUUCACCAUGUUCAAUGACUUCAGUACAUUGACGUUUAAUAUAAAUAAUUUUGUUAGAGAAAAUAGUAUAAAAUUAAUUAAGAAAACAAAGUAUAUUUCUUAGCUCUUGUUACUUAUGCUGUUAUACAUGAAAGAGCAGGGUCUUAUCACUUUUUAGUCUUAUAAAUCUAGGGGGUGGAACUAGUUGAUUUACACAAGUAGGAAUUAGUUCAGAUUUUAUAAUUUUGAUGGUAAAUAAACACAAUUGCAAUUCCAAAGUUGA